UAUGACGUGUCACGCUGACGUUUUUUCACGCCAUGCGCUGCACCGGAAGCCAAGCAAGGAAUUCAAACAAUCCUACGUGUCACUUCGGGUGAGAGCAUUGUCUGCGCUGCCCGGGGAGUCCGCCGCGCAGAGAUUUGUGCCUCCACAGAAGCGGAAAGGUGAAGCUGCAGUUGGAACCUGGAAUUAUUUACGAAAGGACUAAAGAUCUAGUCUGAAUAAGGUCACAUGUUCUCUGAUCUGUCCCGCAGAAGCAUGAAGGCCCUGAUUCUGGUUGGGGGGUACGGGACCCGGCUGCGACCACUCACCCUGAGCGUCCCCAAACCUCUGGUGGAGUUCUGCAACAAACCCAUCCUGCUGCACCAGGUGGAGGCGCUGGUCAAGGCUGGAGUGAACCAUGUGAUCCUGGCUGUGAGCUACAUGUCAGAGCUGCUGGAGAGGGAGAUGAGAGUCCAGGAGCAGAGGCUGGGAAUUCAGAUCUCUUUGUCUCAUGAGAAAGAGCCUCUGGGAACCGCCGGACCGCUGGCUCUGGCUCGAGAGCUGCUGAACGUCGACAAUGAGCCGUUCUUUGUCCUCAACUCGGACGUCAUCUGCGACUUUCCCUUUCAAGAUCUGCUGCAGUUCCACCGGAACCACGGCAAGGAGGGAACCAUUGUGGUGACACGGGUGGAGGAGCCGUCAAAAUAUGGUGUGGUGGUGUUUGAGGCUGAAAGUGGGAAGAUCCACCGCUUCGUCGAGAAACCACAGGUCUUUGUCUCCAAUAAGAUCAACGCUGGCAUGUACAUCUUCAAUCCCAACAUGCUCAGCAGGAUCCAGCUGAGACCAACAUCCAUCGAGAAGGAGAUAUUUCCUGUCAUGGCGGAGGAGAGCCAACUGUACGCCAUGGAGCUGCAGGGUUUCUGGAUGGACAUUGGUCAGCCUAAGGACUUUCUGACGGGCAUGUGCAUGUACCUGCAGUCACUGAGGCAGCACACUCCUGACAGGCUGCACACAGGACCUGGUUUCCUUGGCAACGUCCUGGUGGAUCCGACGGCACAAAUAGGACAGAACUGCACCAUCGGUCCAAACGUCACCAUCGGCGCCGGCGUGGUGGUGGAGGACGGUGUUAGGAUAAAGAGGUGCACGGUACUGAAAGGAUCCAGAGUUCGAUCCCACUCCUGGUUGGAGAGCUGCAUUGUGGGAUGGAGCUCCUCUGUGGGUCAGUGGGUGCGCAUGGAGAACGUGACGGUGUUGGGGGAGGACGUUAUUGUGAACGACGAGCUUUACCUGAACGGCGCCAAUGUCCUGCCCCACAAAUCCAUCAACGAGUCAGUUCCAGAGCCGCGCAUUAUCAUGUAGCAUCAGAGCAGGUUCUGUUCCGGCUGGACCGACACCUGAACUGCCACAGCGCAGAGGGGGGGCCAUCAGGUGGGUGGAGGAGGAACAAAAAGCUCUUUUCUUUUCUGUUUUAGAUUCUUUUGGACUUUUCUGGCCCUGCUCAGCUGCACAGACAGCAGGACUGUUGGCUGAACAUCUGACCCGAGGUUCAGAUCCAGACAGACUGGGGCUGGGGCACUUGGUGGAGGGAUAAAGGGGGGGGUAUUUUGGGGUAGUGGGGUAAACGGCAGCCAUGAGUGGCGUUGGGAAGAGUGAUUUUCAGUGUCUAGUUUCUGUAGAUCCUCAGCAGGGGUCACAGUGGAGUGUUUGGACCAGGACUGUCAGAGUCUGAGGGAACCUGAGGAACCGCCAUCGCUGCAGUGGCUCCAAGAGCCCAACCCCCAGAGAGAUGGAUGCUGUGUGCACUUCUGAACACAAUGAUCAAUGGCAGGCUGGUAAAAGCUGCAGAUCCUGCUGGAGACUUGGUUUCAUCCUUUCUGCAGUGACCUGAGCACUUCUCUCCUGGAGUUAGUCAAACACAAAGCACUGCGCUGAAACUCAUCUGUUUGACUGAAACACAAACCACUGUGGGACUCUGCAGAUGCAAUCUGACCAUUACCAUCAUCUUGCUCAUGCAGCUUUACUUUUCUUCUGGAGUCUGUCUGGAUGUUUUCUAUUAAAGCUGCACUUAGAUUUGCUUUAAAGGGAACCAGAGUUUCAGCUGGAAGCCGUAAAGAGCGUGAGAUGCUGGGGGGUGGAGCUUUCCCAGCCUCUAAAACAUUUCUCUCCUCAGCCUGCAUGAAAUGAAGGGAAAUGUUGGAUCCAAUGGUCCUCAGACAUCAUGAAUUCUGUGAUCAAAUGCUUUUUCUCUGCAGCGUUCAGGUGAAGGAUGCGUGUGGCUCAUCAGACACUAAAAACUUGUUUCUACGGUUCUACAGUUGGUGAAUGACACUAUUCAGAGCCAUGUACUUCCUGUCUGAAGUCUGUUCAUGAAAUGAAAUUUUUUGUCUAAAGAAAGCGAGUUACUGACAUCU